AGAUGUGAGCAAGGGAAGGCGUGUUUCCGGAAGACGUGGCUGCUGUCGGCUGUGACAGCUGUCAGGAUUCAUUUUUGUUAAGCCGCAAAUAUUUCUAGUUAAUGUGCCUCGAACAUUUUAUCCAUCGUCAAAAUGAUCUCUCUUACGGAUUCACAGAAGAUAGGGAUAGGGCUGACUGGUUUCGGAGUGUUCUUUCUCUUCUUUGGGAUGAUCCUGUUCUUUGACAAAGCCCUCCUGGCUAUUGGAAAUAUCCUCUUCGUAGCGGGGCUCGCCUUUGUCAUCGGGCUCGAGAGAACGUUCCGGUUCUUCUUCCAGAAGCACAAGAUGAAGGCCACCAGCUUCUUCCUGGGUGGUGUGCUUGUGGUGCUCAUCGGCUGGCCCAUCGUGGGUGUGGUGCUGGAGGUCUACGGCUUCUUCCUUCUGUUCAGGGGGUUCUUCCCAGUGAUAGUGGGGUUCAUCAGGAGGAUACCUGUCCUGGGCUCCAUCCUUAACUUCUCCUUCCUCAGUGGGUAUGUGGACAAACUGGGAGAGAGUAACACCAUGGUAUAACAGGGACUUUUUGUGUCCAGAAAUUUUCAUUUAUUUUUUAUUUAUCAUACAGCAGUUUUACAAAGCAAUGCCAAUCACCCACAUGGUCAACCACUGGCUUGC